GCUGUCAAUUUUCCAUUGACAGCUGGCCAGCUGGCAGCACGGCCACAUUCCUUCCAAGCUGACAGCUUGUCACAUUUUCAGCCCUCUUUCCUUCCGACAUCUUGAACUACGUGAAACACGCGUUUUUCGGGUGUAGAAUUAUUUCAACCAAGAUGAAGCUGAACAAAAAUGUUUCCUCGUCUCGCCGCAAGAGCCGCAAGCGGCACUUCCAGGCCCCGUCGCACAUCCGCAGGAAGCUGAUGUCGGCGCCCCUGUCCAAGGAGCUGAAGCAGAAGUACACCGUCCGAUCGAUGCCAAUCCGCAAGGACGAUGAAGUGCAGGUCGUCCGUGGCCACUACAAGGGCAACCAGGUCGGUAAGGUUGUGCAGGUGUACCGUAAGAAGUUCGUUGUGUACAUCGAACGGAUCCAGCGCGAGAAGGCCAACGGAACGAACGUGUACGUCGGUGUGCACCCGUCCAAGUGUCUGAUCGUCAAGCUGAAGAUGGACAAGGAUCGCAAGAGGAUCUUGGACCGACGUGCCGCUGGCCGCCGGGCGGCUUUGUCGAAGGAGAAGGGCAAGUACACCGAAGAGAGCGCCGCUGCUUCCGCCAUGGAAACCAGCUCGUAAACAUCCGGCGUCUACCCUGAAACCUUUUCGGCUGGCCACCGCCGAUACCCCACAAAGAACCUAGUGUGCAGUUCGUUUCAUUCGUACAAUGCAAUCGGAGUGGACCGUCAGACUGUUGUUGCAUUCAUACAUGGAAGUGUAAACAAAAAUACCGAAUAAAUUGUAAGAGGAAAAACUUGGAAAA